AAGUUUGUAGACGUUUUGUUAUUGAGUGAAGUUUGGAAUAUUUCGAACUGUUGUAUUUAGGAUUUCUAAUUUUCUUAUAAUAGUGGAAAUAUAGUCUGUAAUAAUUUCCAAAAAUGGCACAUUACAAAGGAGCAGCAAGCGAAGCAGGCCGAGCUAUGCAGCUCAUGAAAAAACGAGAGAAGGAAAUGCAAGAUUUGGAAAUUAGGAAAAAACGAAUUGAGGAAGAUUUGAAAUUGAAUAAUAUCGAAACCAAGUUCGCUACACAUUACGAUGCAGUGGAGCAGCAACUCAAAACCUCCACAAUUGGGCUCGUCACUCUAGAUGAAAUGAAAGCCAAACAAGAAAACAUAGUCAAAGAGCGAGAGAAAAAGCUUGCCCAGAAGCAAGCAGAGAAAGAGAGGGAGAAGCUGAGACAGCUUGAAGCCAAGCAAGCGGAGAAAAACAAGCAGAAGAAACAGAUCCAGGCUCUCUCAUUCACACUCGACGAGGACGAAGAUGAAGAUGGAGAUUCGGAUGGGGGCACAAACAAAUCGAAGAACGACUUCAAAAGGUCCAGCGAAGAGGUGGAAAGGUCGAACUUGAAGAAAAUAAAAAAGGACCCCAACGUUGAUACAAGUUUCUUACCCGACAGGGAGAGAGAGGAGGAAGAAAACAGACUGAGAGAGGAGCUGCGACAACAGUGGUCCGAGCAGCAGCAGAAGCUCAAAGAAGAGGAGAUUGAAAUAACGUUCAGUUAUUGGGAUGGCUCGGGGCAUAGGAGGACUGUUCGAGUGAAGAAAGGUAACUCUGUUUACCAGUUCCUACAGAGAGUAUUGGAACUUCUGAGGAAGGAGUUUUCAGAGUUGAAGACUGUUAUGGCUGACCAACUGAUGUACGUCAAGGAAGAUCUAAUUCUGCCACAUCACUACACAUUUUAUGAUUUUAUUGUGACUAAGGCUCGUGGAAAGAGUGGUCCACUUUUCCAAUUUGAUGUCCACGACGAUGUGAGGUUGAUUAGCGACGCGUCAAUUGAGAAGGAAGAAUCUCAUGCCGGUAAAGUCCUGCUCAGGAGUUGGUACGAGAGGAAUAAACAUAUUUUUCCUGCUAGUAGGUGGGAGCCUUAUGAUCCUACUAAAGUUUAUGAGAAAUAUACCGUUUCUGAUAAGAAUAAAAAGGCUUAGGUUGAUGACAAUACAUGUUUUAGGAUA